CGUAGGCUAAUAAUAUUUUUCCAAAUUAUUUCCAAUCAAUUCGAUCAUUGCGUAUUAACAUUUUCCAAUUUUUCCAUCAAACUUCACUCUCGAGCUUCAACGAACAGUUAUCAAAAGAUUUUCAACCUCUCCUCUUUCCUUUUUCCUUCUCCAAUCUCCCCUCCUACAAAUAAACGAUCAUACAUCGAUAGGAUCCACCCGGGUUCCGUUGAUCGGCUCCUCCAUCAUCGCUCGACCACCACUUGUCAUCGGCCCGGUUAAACAGCGUAGCGUAACUAAAAAAGAAUCACGUCGCCACGAUUCACGUCGCGGCGUGUGAUUACGCGGCGCGGGAUCCACCCCCUCAUUGUCCUUCCUUCCUUCCUUUCUUCCUUCGUUCGUUCGUUGUUCUUGGAACGAUCCCCCUUGUUGUACCGUUCGACCACGCAACCUGACAUAUAUAUCAUAGAGCUUGUGCCGCGCUCAUAUAUCGCCGCCACGUCGCACGGCGCUCAUUUUUCACGGACUGUCGAUCCUGCUGGUAACUGAAGCGUGCCCGCCGCGGUACCCUGGCCGGCCACAGCCCCUCCGACAGAUCGUUGCCGAGGAAUCAAGAGCGCAUCAGUUAGCUCGCGGUCGCGGUUGCUCGCUGUUGCACUCACUCCUCCGUCACCGGCCGAUAAUCCAAUUUGCGUUUCGAAGCCAGUGUUUUAUUCCAUUUUUUAUUCGUUUAUUUAUUCGUCUCUUUUUCCUCUCAGUGUUUGAAAAUAGAUUAGAGUCGAUUGUUGAACGGAUCGGUGGAUGUUGCAGACGAGGAGGAAUAAGAAAGAUUUAUUUUCGCUGCCAUUUUCAGAAACGAUCGAGAUGUAAUUAAGGAAAGUCAUGGUGUCGUCAUGGGCAGUCUGUUAUGAUCGAAGAACGAAGGUAUUUUCGAGGAUGUGAAACGGGAGCCGUGUUCAAAUCGUGGACGAUGAAAUCGAGAGUGAAUCUAGUCGCGAUUUUGUUGACUUUGAGCUGCGCGGCGCGCGUACUGGAGGGAUUGAAGAGCGACGAGAAGCAUUCGAGUCAACGCAAGGAGUAUUAUCCGGUCGGGAAGAAGAUCGUCAAGGAGAUUCAUAACAAAGUUGCGUCUCAAAGCGCGGCUCUUAUGCGGAUAGAAGAUAAAACUAAAGUUCUGAAGAGCAAGAAUACCGGUUUCGGUUUGUCGAAAGAUUACUUUCAUGAGCCAGACCGUCCACGCCGAAAGAAGCGAAAGAUGGAUCGAACGAUGAUGGCGUUGCUGAUGGCGUACAAAUUGAAAUUCGUCGCCCUGAUUCCAACACUGGUCGGAGGGUUGAUCUUGUUAAAAGCUACCGCGCUACUCGCAGGCUUCUUCUUCGCGCUGUUCGCCGCGGUUCUCGGUCUGAAAGUGAAGUGAACGAACCUAUUUCACGACGAGAACAUCGACGAGUGAUCGAUCAAAAGUGAGGCCGAUAAUGUAAUUAAAAUGAUAUUUCGGUAAAAACCGAUAGCCGUCGCGUCCGCGGCUAUUAUUUUGAGGUUAUGAUCACGUGGGCCGCGCGCAUGCGCAAUGCAGCGGCGACCCACGCAGUGAAUCGAAGAUUUAAGAAUGUAACAUAUUAUUGUAUUCUCGUGUAUCUGGUGUAGCUAAGAAAGAAUAAGCGUUGGAAAUGAUUGAACCGUUUCUGUUCUUCCUUAUUCACGUCGAUUACGCGAUCUCUUUAUUCGAUCUCAGGCUCGAUCCAUCCAUGGAGGAGUCUGUUACAAAAAAAAAAAAAAA